ACCGGACUGUGAAAUAUGUUAGGUUGGGCCGAUCCAGACCUAACCGCCAUUAUUUUGAAGACACUUCCAGAAAUUACGUUUAGUUUGAAAAGAAGGAUAGUCUCGUCCCUACAAAACAACACAACAAUCGUCGCAGUACUUUCAGCAUUAAUUGAUCCAUCAAAGUUUUCCCCAGAAAGAGUGAAACUGGGUUUUGGGUUUGUUUAUUUGCAUUACAAAACAAAGAUGAGUGAAGUUGGAGUGGAAAGAAAGAGAACAAUAAAGCUCUUCUGCCCAUCUUUAUCAAAGAUAAUCCAUGUAAUUGCAAGGGAUGAGCAGAAACUGGACCUAGGUUCUAUUGCUCGAGCUUUCGGGCUCGACCCUGCAACAAUCAAGCUUAACGGUCACUUUAUAAGCAGAGGGGUUGAUCUUAUAGCUUCUUCUGUUACGUGGAAGUCUCUACUUUCUUUCUUCUCUGCUCGUGGGCUCUCCACAGGGACUAAUGAUUCUGAUGCCCUUGUUGUUGAUGGUAAACUUACCAAAGUUGGGUCUAAAAGUAAGUUUCUUGUUGUUGCUUUGCUUUUACUUUUUGCGUAUUGUUAAGGGUAAUUAUCUAUA